AUGGGCACGAAACGAGCGCAUUCUGAGGUCGCCGCGGAGGGUACAAUCCCAGACGACACCUACGAGCAACAGCAGCAUUCGGGCUCGGAAGACGGCGAGCACGAGAAUAAGCGGUUCAAGACCACCAAGAAGAAGUCUAGGGCGAAAGAGGGCACAACAAACUGGAACAAGACGCGCUCGAGAGAUAUCAGAAGACUCUUGCAGAGCGGCAAGCAACUGCCCGCUACGAAGCGCAAUGAGCUGGAACAAGAGCUGGAGGCGCUGCAGGAGAGAGUCGAGGAGCACAACUUCAAGAAGAGGAGAGGCGACAUGAUUCAGAAGUACCACAUGGUUCGAUUUUUUGAACGGAAAAAGGCAGAGAGACUACUGAAGCAGCUCCGCAAGAAGCUCCAGCAAUCCGAGGACCCCGAAGAAAAGAAGCGCCUCGAGGCCGAGGCCCACGUGGCCGAAGUCGACGUCGCCUACGCCCGCUUCUUCCCCCUGAUGGAGCGCUACGAGAGUCUGUACCCCAACAAGGACAAGAACGCCAACGAGGAGGGAGACGAGGACAAGGUCGAGGAAGAGCAGCAGCAGCAGAAAGAGGAAGCGGACGCGGACGCAGAUGCAGAUGCGAAACCCUCCAAGCAACCCAAGGCCCUGCAGUUCCUCCACGCCGAGCGACCCAAGAUGUGGGCAACGAUCGAAAAGGUCCUGCCGGAAGGCGAGGUAGCGCUGUACCGGCUGCGCGAUCGCAGGUCACCGACAGACGGCCCCGCCAAGCGCCAGACCCGUCCGCAGCCGCCCGCGAGACAGACUCAACAGACGCGCCCGCAGAGAGUCAAGGAGGAGGACCCGUGGGUGGCCAGGUCGAAGAAGACGUUCGAGAAGAAGAGGGACCCCAAGCAGCCGAUGAACCGGAGGGAGCGCAGGGCGGCUGAGAGGAAGGCUCCCGCGAAGGUGGAAGAGGAAGAUGACGGCACUGGCUUCUUUGAGUGA